AUGGAGAGCUGUUGCCAGUCAAAGGUAGUAACUAAGAAUUACCAGCACAUCCUGGCUUUGGAAUUUGCAGUCAAAGAAGUCAAUGAAAACCCUCACAUCUUACCCAAUAUCACCUUGGGCUUCUACAUCUAUGACAGCUGUUUCAAUGCAAAGUGGACCUACCAAUCCACAAUGAAACUUUUAUCUACAGUAAAAAAAUUUGUGCCCAAUUAUAAAUGUGACACCCAGAAUGACGUGAUAGCAGUCAUCGGGGGACUGGACUUUCAAACCUCCCUUCAUGUAGCCACUCUCUUGGAUAUCUACAAGAUUCCUCAAAAACAAAGGCAGUGCCUCCUGGGCUCUACUGAAGAUCCUUGUACUCCUUUGAAGGACUGGAUCUUUGCUUUGGGGAAGAAGCAACUCAUCUAUGGCUCUGCUCCAAUGAUGAAUGAAAAAAACCCAGGCCUUCACUUCUACAAGAUGGCCCCUAAUGAAGGGCUUCAGUAUGAGGGAAUCAUCUCUUUAUUGCUUCAUUUCAGGUGGACAUGGAUUGGGGCUCUUACUAUGGAUGAUGACAAUGGAGAAAAAAUUGUGCAAACUGUACUUUCAGUAUUUUCCCAGCGUGGCAUUUGUUUUUCCUUCAUAGAAAGGAGCCCGACAUUUACUUUUCUCAGUGAUUAUGAACACAUUAUGCAACGGGGACUGGAAAUACAUGACAAAAUCAUGAGAAGCAAAGCCAAUGUGUUGGUAUGUUAUGGAGACUCUUAUUCCAUGGUUUUUCUGUUCUGGUUGCCUCAGCUAUCAGAAACAUCAAAAGGUAAAGUUUGGAUUAUGACAUCCCAGAUGGAGUUUAUUUCAAUGGGCUAUCAAAGGAAUUGGGACAAACAAAUCAUUCAUGGUUCUCUGUCCUUCACAAUUCAGUCCAAUAAUCUACCAGGAUUUCAAGAGUUUGCAUCGAGCACAAAACCUUCCGGCAAAAUAGGAGAUGGUUUUCUCAGGGACUUCUGGCAACAGGUCUUCAGCUGUGUCCUGCCAAAUCUGGUUUUAGGUAGGGUGGAGGAGAAGAUUUGUUCUGGGGAUGAGAAACUGGAGGACCUUCCUGGGUCUUUUUUUGAAAUGAGCAUAACUGGGCACAGCUACAGCAUUUACAACUCUGUCUAUGCUGUGGCCCAUGCGGUACAUGCCAUGAUUGCACAUGGACUCAGUUGUAGAGUAACUGUAGAGAGAGGGCGACUGAAACUUCAGUAUCAAGAGUUAUCGCAGCUCCAUCACUUCCUGAGGGGUCUGUCAUUUAACAACAGCGCCGGGGACAUGGUUUCCUUUGACCGCAAUGGGGAGUUAGUAGCUGGGUUCGAUAUCAUCAAUUGGAUCAUUCCCUCCAACCAAUCUUUUGAGAGAGUGAAAGUUGGCAAGAUGGAUCCACUGGCUCCUCCAGGACAAACAUUCACCAUUAAUGAGAAGGCUAUCAUAUGGCACACCUGGUUUAACCAGACACAGCCUCUCUCUGUAUGUACUGAAAGCUGCCAGCCAGGUUAUAGUAAGAAAAUGAAGGAAGGGGAGCCAUUCUGUUGUUACAACUGCAUCUUAUGCCCAGAAGGGAAGAUUUCUGAUGAGAAAGACAUGAAUGAUUGUUUCAAAUGCACAGAUGAAAAUCAUCCAAACAAAAACCAAGAUUUAUGUAUUCCCAAGGAAACAAGCUUCUUGUCUUACGAAGAACUUUUGGGAAUCAGUUUAGCCUUUUUUGCCAUUUCCUUUGCUUUGGUAACAGGUUUGGUACUAGGAACAUUUAUCAAGUACCACAACACUCCCAUUGUCAAAGCCAACAACCGGAGCCUCACUUACACUCUUCUCAUCUCUCUCCUACUCUGCUUCCUUUGUGCUUUGCUAUUCAUCGGCCCACCUGAGAAGGUGACCUGUCUCCUGCGACAAACUGCUUUUGGCAUCGUAUUCUCAGUGGCUAUUUCUUGUGUGUUGGCAAAAACUAUCACUGUGGUUCUGGCUUUCAUGGCCACCAAGCCUGCAUCCAGCAUUAGGAAAUGGUUGGGGAAAAGGCUGGCCAGUGCCAUUGUUCUUUCCUGCUCCUUUCUCCAAGCAGGCAUUUGCACUGUCUGGUUAGUAACCUUUCCCCCAUUCCCAGAUGUUGACAUGCACUCUGCAGUUGAUGAAAUUUUGUUGGAAUGUAAUGAGGGAUCUGUAACUAUGUUUUACUUUGUCCUGGGCUACAUGGGCAUUUUGGCUAUUGUGAGUUUCAUUGUGGCUUUUUUUGCCAAGAAAUUACCUGAUAUUUUCAACGAAGCCAAAUUCAUCACUUUCAGCAUGUUGGUGUUUUGCAGCGUCUGGUUAUCUUUCAUUCCAACCUACUUGAGCACGAAGGGAAAAUACAUGGUAGCUGUGGAGGUCUUCUCUAUCUUAGCUUCUAGUGCUGGACUGCUGGGUUGCAUUUUUUCCCCUAAAUGCUACAUGAUUCUUUUUACAUCUGGACUGAACAAGAAACAAUUAAUAAAGAGAAAUUGCUGA